AUAGACCUUAUGUAUUAAUCGUAGACAUUAUACAUCAGUGUAUUUGAAUAGUACGUACGAUACUUGUAUGAAUUUCGAAAUAAAUGGGUCUGUACACAAAAGAAUGCGACACUAUUGAAGAUGUGCCUCACACACUUUGCAAUUGUUGCAGACACAUCCAAAGAAGACGGUCACAACGAGCUAGGUUGCAAGAACGUGUUGUAUUUAAAUCGGGUGACUUGAACAUUGAUAAUUCAGGUGAAAAAAAAAUUCGACUGUUCAAUGACAUAGUCAAAGUUUUUAUAGAGGCACGCUGGAGAUUGACAAUUCUAUAUUGCGUUAUAGCUUGUGUAUUAACUUGGUUCGUGUUUGCUGCCAUCUGGUGGAUGAUUCUGUACCUUCAUGGUGAUCUCGAGAGCGAUCAUUUGCCCCAUGCCUCAAAUUUAACAGAAUGGAGACCUUGCGUAAGAGAAAUUUAUAACUUUACGUCCAUAUUCUUAUUCAGCAUAGAAGUCCAAACGAGCAUAGGCUAUGGUUCCAGAGCAAUCACCCUGGAAUGCCCCGAAGCAAUGUUCACAAUGUGUAUUGAAAGCAUAACAGGAAAAAUAAUACAGUCACUUAUUAUUGGCAUAGUAUUUGCUAAGUUAACGAAACCAAAAAAUCGCGCGCAGACUCUGAUGUUUUCAAAAUACGCUAUCAUUAACCAAAGAGAUGGGAACCUCUGCAUGAUGUUCAGAGUAGGUAACACUAGGAAAUCGCGAAUAAUAGCUUCAAAUAUCAAUGCUUAUCUGAUAAAAUAUGUAGCUGAUGGCAUUGACCUACUAAAUUACCAUCAGAUAAAGUUGGACCUAAAAGUCGACGCAUCCGAUGACGUAUUGUUCAUAUUUCCCCUAACUGCCGUACAUAAAAUUGACCAACGAAGUCCAUUCUUCAACGUUUCAGCUAAGGAAUUACUUAAAUGUAAUGUAGAAAUACUUGUCGUGUUUGAAGGAACAAUUGAGUCAACGGGCCAACCGGUUCAAACUAAAUCAAGUUACAUUAGCAAUGAAAUACUUUGGGGAAGACGGUAUAUGGAGCCUUAUUAUUACAAAAAAAGUAAACAGGGAUUUGUGAUAGAUUUUUCAAAAUUUGAUGAAACAUAUCGCGUCAAUACUCCGCUAUGCACCGCUAAGGAACUUUUUACUUAUUAUAAAAAUAGGUCGUUGAGAAGACUUCAUUAAAAUAAAAGAGACAUAUUCCUACCUGUAAACUUUAAUAAUGAACUAUCUGUUAACAGGAUGUUUUUCGAGGUGUGGAUGUAAAAUCAUGUUAAUCUUGCGUAGUUCCAUUAAGUCUUUGUACAUAUAUCUCUGAGCAGCCAUUUGUAGUUCCAAGGCAGCAAGUCUUAUUUUAAUGUUCCUUAAUAAAUUUUCACACGAA